AUGUCUGCGGUCCGAGCAUUGGCACUGGCCUUGCUUCACAUCAUCUUUAUCUAUAUUCAGCGAUCGAUCGAUGCCUGCAACAGUUACUGGAUGCGAGUGGUUAGAAGAAGGAGAAUGCUUAGGAAAUCACUUGCACUGAGGAGCAUACCUCCACCUUUAUGGAGAACAAGGAGAACAGCAAUGACCAGAGCACGUUUUCUCGCUGUAGCCGGAAUCAGAGUCCCCCGUCGCUACUGGAUUUAUCCCCGUAGCAGGGACUGGUGGGACAAUUUCGUCACUGCCAUAUGGGAUGACCAGCUGUGGAUUGAAAAUUUUCGUAUGACCAGGGAGACUUUCAAUGAAUUGGUUCAUUCCAUAGGGCACCGCCUGUCCCAUCAGCGCACCAGACUUCGCAAUCCAAUCUCUGUGGAGAUACGAGUCGCCAUAGCACUUUGGUAUCUUGCCAACUGUUCGACUUACCGUCAAUGCAUGAACCAAUUCGGAGUGGGUAUUUCAACAGUGGCAGGAAUAGUCUUGGAGGUCUGCUUGGCGAUAGAAUUGGAGCUACUCAGUAGAGUCGUGUGCCUUGGACCUGAUGUGGCGAGGAUUAUGUCUGGAUUUCAGAAACUUGGCUUUCCUCAUUGCAUUGGUGCAGUUGAUGGCACCCAUGUUGCCAUUUGCAAAUUUAAAGGCCGUGGACGGGAGUACAUCAACCGCAAGAAAUUCAAUUCCAUUCUCAUCCAGGGCACGGUGGACCAUACUGGAAGAUUCAUUGAUGCAGAGGUUGGCUGGAGUGGGCGGAACCAUGACGCCUUUGUUUUUGUGAAUUCUGCAAUUUGUACGGCAAUGGAUGCGGGGGUGUUUGUGCCAGGCAACCCCAGUCUUACAAUAGAGGAUGUAACCGUGCCACCACUCAUCAUAUCUGAUGCAGCCUACCCCAUGAGAAGGUGGCUGAUGAAGCCCUUCAAUAGGCCCCACACUCCCGCAGAAGCAUACUUUGACCGCUGCCUCACCAGAGCUAGGACCAUAGUGGAAAGAUGUUUUGGACGUUUGAAGGGGCGCUGGAGGUGUUUGAGGUCACAGCUUAUGGUUGCGGAGGAGAAUGUGACCUGCAUAGCUACCGCGUGUGUGGUGCUACAUAACAUUUGUGAAUUGAAAGGUCAUGGCAUUCCAGAGGAUGAUUCUCCUGUGAGGCCUGUGGAGGUGGAUGAGGAAUCUCUUGAACUCCCUGUGGGAGACAGAAGGCACCGGGAGGAGGGGAAGUUGGUGCGCGAUGCCCUUGCACGCCACAUGUUUCGAAACAGAAAUCUAACAAUAUAA